AUGGCGAACUUUGAGGGUUUCUCUCGAGGCGACUCCGCGCUGUGUGGCUGCUUGCUCUUUUGCCUUCUAGCCUACAUGGCCUUCUGCGCCGUUCUGGCUCUUCGUUCCUUGAAGCGCAUCAAACCGUACACCAACUGGGAAGUUCUGACAGAGGAGGAACGGAAAAAAUUUGCAGGCUACGAGCGGAACGAUCGUCAUCGUCUCAGCUACGUCCGCACCGGUCUGGGUGGCUUCUUCCUGCUUCCCUGGCGAAUGAUCGUCGCCUUCUCUCUCCUCAUCAGCAAUGGCGUAACGGGUUGGCUUUUGUUUCGGUUUCUUGGAGCCGGUGGUGACACUGCCCCGGCUCGGGAGCGACUUGUUCGGAAACUCAUCGGCUAUGUCGCUCAUCUGCACUGCCGAUUCCUUUUCUGCGUCAUGGGCGUCUACAGGAUCCAGGAGGUGUACCUCGGGAGCAGACAAGACCCGACGAAGAGGCCGAUAGACCAACCACGCAUUCUCGUCUCCAAUCACGUUUCCUGUCUUGACAUUCCGUACUUCAUCCGCGCAUGCUGCGCUGCGUUCGUCGCGAAGCCCGUCGUCCUCGUGUACCGCAGCAGUUACAUCGACCUCGGUUUCGACAUGCUGCCCUCCUUCGACUGGAUGGUUCUCACGCUUUCAUCUCCCGGGCUAUCUACCCUCGAUGUGUACUGGCUAGAACCCAUCGACCCUCCUCCUGCAGAGAAAUUUCAGACAGACGAGGAACGUGCAAACGCCUUCGCCGACAUCGUGCGGAAUCGCAUGUGGGAAGAGUUAAAGAAACGGAACCCGCUUACACCGCAGAUUGCUGGCCCGUGCCCGACAUGGUGGAUUGGCUCCGUCAGCGUGCGUCGCGAAAUCGUGCAAACGCUGAUGGAGAGGCAAGGCCUAUGCUGGAAGACAGAAUAG